AUGCGAAUAGAAGAGAAAAGAUUACUUAAGUUCUUUAAGAACAAAGACGGUAUGAUGGAAGCAAAUGAAUUAAAGCAUGUAAUGCGCUGUAUAUACAAUACACUUGUGACUAAAGCAAAGGAGAAAGCAAGAAGCAAUAAACUAAAAGAAGGCGCAAUUGCCAAAGAGCCCAGUAGAAACCCCGUAGAAAAAGAGCAAACCGGCCUAGAAAUACAUGAAGCACCAAGUGUGCAGAGCAACAUAUACUACUCUCCUAUGGACAAAGCAUAUGCAGAUGGCGUAAGCAGUGGUGAAAGUAACGAGCCAAGUCCUUCUUCGGCUGAUUUAGACCAUGUUUCUAUGGAUGGAGGUCAGAUAUUUCAGGACAAUGCAUUUAAUUCUAUGCAUAAUUCACGCGUUUCACACACUGCAGUAAAUCAGCACUUUACUGGGGUUCCUGCCUUUAACCCAAACCCAUCAGCAGGCAGGCCAGAGUACAGGCCAGACAAUGCAGUUGGAAAUGUGUCGAACGUUAUGGGCGAUCCAAUAUUCCACAAUAUAAGUAAUUCUGUGAACAGUCCACGGAAUGGCGUACAAGACCCUUUCACUGACAGAAACACUGCCAUGCAUGGUAAUGAAGAAAGCACAAGUAAUCAUAUGGAGCAGAUCAAUACAACAGGCCCUGGCAGCACCAAUUCUAUGCACCCACCCACUUUAAACAGUUUUAGUGGCGUGGCUAGUAAUAGGAACACAGCAAAUAAUUUUAUAAAUCCAAAUAAUUCUGAAAAUGCUAGCAGUUCUCCUGAAACAGAAGUCCAAAAUAAUAAUGUGAUUUCAGGGGAAGAAAACUUUAUGGAAGAAUUUAAUGAAGAAACAAAGUCAUUGUACAAAUUCGCUAUAAAUGAAGAGACUGAGAAGGAGGUUUUAGGAGAAGUACCGUCUUUUUCUUUUAAUGUUCACAGUUAAGUGCUCAUAUUUAUCUUAUUGUUCAUAUAAGAAAUAAACCCAAGAUUCGUUAAAUUACCCAAAUAAGUAGUCUUUACAAUACAUAAAGAGCAAUUAUA